AUGUUCUCUUCGUCUUUUCGUUCCUCCUCGUUCCCGUCGGAUCCGUUCGUUGUCAUCGUUGUGGGCGACAGGAGAACACGUCCAAAACUGACAAAGAAAUGAUUCGCCGAACUAAAUGUCUCUCCGGAUUAGCACUACGGUGACUGCAAAGCCAAGGAAGGCGCCGAUGUCUGCAGCGACGUAUCGUUCUGUUUCAAAAGAGCUAGUGAGUUAGAGACGAGCCUGCUUUUUUCUGGAAUGUCGAAAAUUCAGAGAUUCACAGAAUCGGUUCCAACAGUGUGAAUGAAAUUCGAAUGGACGUCAUACACCAAGGUAGCACGAUCCUUUCCCCCGGCUUACCAAAACUAAAGAAGUUCUCAGAGAUGUGCUUCUCGCCGGGAGGACAACAACCAGAAUGCAACGAGCGCGUGCCGACUGCUACUGCGACACCGAUUUCUGCAACACUUCCCCCUCCCUUCUCUCAAUAUCGUUUUUGUUCUACUCAGUUUUGUUUGCAUUCUUCAACUUGUAGUAGUGCCCGUUCUUUUUUAA